CUAGCAACUGUUUGGAAGUCAGAGUCCCACAUCCUGCUCAACUGGGUCAGGUCCGUCUUAGACCAGCUCUUGUCCAUCAUUUGCUGAAGUGGACCAACUAGUUCCCCAGUAGGGGGUCUCCCCUGGCAAUUCUUUAUCGGCGUUUGGACAUCUCAGAUCGCUUCCAAUGAAGAUGGCCUUGCCUUGGGGUCCUGCUUGUUUCAUAAUCAUCUAACUAUGGGACAAGGUUGUGCCGGCAGCUCUGGGGGAAGGAGCACGGGGCUGAUCAAGCCAUCCAGGAAACACUGGAGGACUUGUCCAGCCUUGAAAGAACUCUAGUGGUUUCUGAAUCUAGCCCACUUGGCGGUAAGCAUGAUGCAACUUCUGCAACUUCUGCUGGGGCUUUUGGGGCCAGGUGGCUACUUAUUUCUUUUAGGGGAUUGUCAGGAGGUGACCACUCUCACGGUGAAAUACCAAGUGUCAGAGGAAGUGCCAUCUGGUACAGUGAUCGGGAAGCUGUCCCAGGAACUGGGCCGGGAGGAGAGGCAGAGGCAAGCUGGGGCUGCCUUCCAGGUGUUGCAGCUGCCUCAGGCGCUCCCCAUUCAGGUGGACUCUGAGGAAGGCUUGCUCAGCACAGGCAGGCGGCUGGAUCGAGAGCAGCUAUGCCGACAGUGGGAUCCCUGCCUGGUUUCCUUUGAUGUGCUUGCCACAGGGGAUUUGGCUCUGAUCCAUGUGGAGAUCCAAGUGCUGGACAUCAAUGACCACCAGCCACGGUUUCCCAAAGGCGAGCAGGAGCUGGAAAUCUCUGAGAGCGCCUCUCUGCGAACCCGGAUCCCCCUGGACAGAGCUCUUGACCCAGACACAGGCCCUAACACCCUGCACACCUACACUCUGUCUCCCAGUGAGCACUUUGCCUUGGAUGUCAUUGUGGGCCCUGAUGAGACCAAACAUGCAGAACUCAUAGUGGUGAAGGAGCUGGACAGGGAAAUCCAUUCAUUUUUUGAUCUGGUGUUAACUGCCUAUGACAAUGGGAACCCCCCCAAGUCAGGUACCAGCUUGGUCAAGGUCAACGUCUUGGACUCCAAUGACAAUAGCCCUGCGUUUGCUGAGAGUUCACUGGCACUAGAAAUCCAAGAAGAUGCUGCCCCUGGUACGCUUCUCAUAAAACUGACCGCCACAGACCCUGACCAAGGCCCCAAUGGGGAGGUGGAGUUCUUCCUCAGUAAGCACAUGCCUCCAGAGGUGCUGGACACCUUCAGUAUUGAUGCCAAGACAGGCCAGGUCAUUCUGCGUCGACCUCUAGACUAUGAAAAGAACCCUGCCUACGAGGUGGAUGUCCAGGCAAGGGACCUGGGUCCCAAUCCUAUCCCAGCCCACUGCAAAGUUCUCAUCAAGGUUCUGGAUGUCAAUGACAACAUCCCAAGCAUCCACGUCACAUGGGCCUCCCAGCCAUCACUGGUGUCAGAAGCUCUUCCCAAGGACAGUUUUAUUGCUCUUGUCAUGGCAGACGACUUGGAUUCAGGAAACAAUGGUUUGGUCCACUGCUGGCUGAGCCAAGAGCUGGGCCACUUCAGGCUGAAAAGAACUAAUGGCAACACGUACAUGUUGCUAACCAAUGCCACACUGGACAGAGAGCAGUGGCCCAAAUAUACCCUCACUCUGUUAGCCCAAGACCAAGGACUCCAGCCCUUAUCAGCCAAGAAACAGCUCAGCAUUCAGAUCAGUGACAUCAACGACAAUGCACCUGUGUUUGAGAAAAGCAGGUAUGAAGUCUCCACGCGGGAAAACAACUUACCCUCUCUUCACCUCAUUACCAUCAAGGCUCAUGAUGCAGACUUGGGCAUUAAUGGAAAAGUCUCAUACCGCAUCCAGGACUCCCCAGUUGCUCACUUAGUAGCUAUUGACUCCCACACAGGAGAGGUCACUGCUCAGAGGUCACUGAACUAUGAAGAGAUGGCCGGCUUUGAGUUCCAGGUGAUCGCAGAGGACAGCGGGCAACCCACGCUUGCAUCCAGUGUCUCUGUGUGGGUCAGCCUCUUGGAUGCCAAUGAUAAUGCCCCAGAGGUGGUCCAGCCUGUGCUCAGCGAUGGAAAAGCCAGCCUCUCCAUGCUUGUGAAUGCCUCCACAGGCCACCUGCUGGUGCCCAUCGAGACCCCCAAUGGCUUGGGUCCAGCAGGCACUGACACACCUCCACUGGCCACUCACAGCUCCCGGCCAUUCCUUUUGACAACCAUUGUGGCAAGAGAUGCAGACUCGGGGGCAAAUGGAGAGCCCCUCUACAGCAUCCGCAGUGGAAAUGAAGCCCACCUCUUCAUCCUCAACCCUCAUACGGGGCAGCUGUUCGUCAAUGUCACCAAUGCCAGCAGCCUCAUUGGGAGUGAGUGGGAGCUGGAGAUAGUAGUAGAGGACCAGGGAAGCCCCCCCUUACAGACCCGAUCCCUGUUGAGGGUCAUGUUUGUCACCAGUGUGGACCACCUGAGGGACUCAGCCCGCAAGCCUGGGGCCUUGAGCAUGUCGAUGCUGACGGUGAUCUGCCUGGCUGUACUGCUGGGCAUCUUCGGGUUGAUCCUGGCUUUGUUCAUGUCCAUCUGCCGGACAGAAAAGAGGGACAACAGGGCCUACAACUGUCGGGAGGCCGAGUCCACCUACCGCCAGCAGCCCAAGAGGCCCCAGAAACACAUUCAGAAGGCGGACAUCCACCUCGUGCCUGUGCUCAGGGGUCAGGCAGGUGAGCCUUGUGAAGUCGGGCAGUCCCACAAAGAUGUGGACAAGGAGGCGAUGAUGGAAGCAGGCUGGGACCCCUGCCUGCAGGCCCCCUUCCACCUCACCCCGACCCUGUACAGGACGCUGCGUAAUCAAGGCAACCAGGGAGCACCGGCGGAGAGCCGAGAGGUGCUGCAAGACACGGUCAACCUCCUUUUCAACCAUCCCAGGCAGAGGAAUGCCUCCCGGGAGAACCUGAACCUUCCCGAGCCCCAGCCUGCCACAGGCCAACCACGUUCCAGGCCUCCGAAGGUUGCAGGCAGCCCCACAGGGAGGCUGGCUGGAGACCAGGGCACUGAGGAAGCCCCACAGAGCCCACCAGCCUCCUCUGCAACCCUGAGACGGCAGCGACAUCUCAAUGGCAAAGUGUCCCCUGAGAAAGAAUCAGGGCCCCGUCAGAUCCUGCGGAGCCUGGUCCGGCUGUCUGUGGCUGCCUUCGCCGAGCGGAACCCCGUGGAGGAGCUCACUGUGGAUUCUCCUCCUGUUCAGCAAAUCUCCCAGCUGCUGUCCUUGCUGCAUCAGGGCCAAUUCCAGCCCAAACCAAACCACCGAGGAAAUAAGUACUUGGCCAAGCCAGGAGGCAGCAGGAGUGCAAUCCCAGACACAGAUGGCCCAAGUGCAAGGGCUGGAGGCCAGACAGACCCAGAACAGGAGGAAGGGCCUUUGGAUCCUGAAGAGGACCUCUCUGUGAAGCAACUGCUAGAAGAAGAGCUGUCAAGUCUGCUGGACCCCAGCACAGGUCUGGCCCUGGACCGGCUGAGCGCCCCUGACCCGGCCUGGAUGGCGAGACUCUCUUUGCCCCUCACCACCAACUACCGUGACAAUGUGAUCUCCCCGGAUGCUGCAGCCACGGAGGAGCCGAGGACCUUCCAGACAUUCGGCAAGGCAGAGGCACCAGAGCUGAGCCCAACAGGCACGAGGCUGGCCAGCACCUUUGUCUCGGAGAUGAGCUCACUGCUGGAGAUGCUGCUGGAACAGCGCUCCAGCAUGCCCGUGGAGGCCGCCUCCGAGGCGCUGCGGCGGCUCUCGGUCUGCGGGAGGACCCUCAGUUUAGACUUGGCCACCAGUGCGGCCUCAGGCAUGAAAGUGCAAGGGGACCCAGGUGGAAAGACGGGGACUGAGGGCAAGAGCAGAGGCAGCAGCAGCAGCAGCAGCAGGUGCCUGUGAACAUACCUCGGACGCCUCUGGAUCCAAGAACCAGGGGCCUGAGGAUCUGGGGACAAGAGCUGGUUUCUAAAAUCUUGUAACUCACUAGCUAGCGGCGGCCUGAGAACUUUAGGGUGACUGAUGCUACCCCCACAGAGGAGGCAAGAGCCCCAGGACUAACAGCUGACUGACCAAAGCAGCCCCUUGUAAGCAGCUCUGAGUCUUUUGGAGGACAGGGACGGUUUGUGGCUGAGAUAAGUGUUUCCCGGCAAAACAUAUGUGGAGCACAAAGGGUCAGUCCUCUGGCAGAACAGAUGCCACGGAGUAUCACAAGCAGGAAAGGAUGGCCUUCUUGGGUAGCAGGAGUCAGGGGGCUGUACCCUGGGGGUGCCAGGAAAUGCUCUCUGACCUACCAAUAAAGGAAAAGCAGUGAUUCAUUCUCCUGUUUGCACCUGUCAAGAGGGAGAAGGGAAGAGUAAUAGAGUGAGGGUUAUUUGUCAUCCAAUCCCUGGCAAGACCAUCACACUGGGCCUGGACAGGAGUGGGGCACCUUGGUACACAGUAACAGGUACACAAAUAGCAGACAUGUAUGCUCUUAACCCUGUUCCCCUAUCACUAUGUUACCAACUAAUCUGCUUCUCAGCUGCAAAAUUAGAGCUAAGAAAGCACAACUAUUUAUAAAGCAUUUACAUGAGCCAGGCACCAGGCUUUACAAUAGGAUUUAAUUUGAUUUUCCAACAAUCCUGGGAGGGAGGUAUUAUUAACCCCAUUUCACAGACAUGGAUAUGGGGCUUGGAGAGGUCAAGUGGCUUUCCCAAGAUCAAGCAGGGAGUAGAGCCAGAGCCAGGAUUUGGACCCAGGCUGGGCCAACACCAAAACCCAUGCCUUCAACCUUGACACCAGGCUGCCAACCAAGGAGAGGAGAAGGGAAGGCCCUGGAGGUGAGCUGUUGGCAGCAGUGAACUUGCUCGAGCUCCCUCGGGAAACACUGUUGAAAGGAACAUUUCCAAAGCCAUCCAGGCCCGCACCUCUCUACAUUCCCAAGCACAAGGCAAAAGGAACUUGGAUCUGAACUGAUGCAGACCCGUUCUUUCCCAACAAGUAGCUCUUCAAGUGCGGAUGUCAUCCUUCCCAACCCCAUUUGCGGUUAAACCUUCCUCUGUCAUUGCAGGUUCAGGCUUGUGAAUCCCAGAGGACAGUGUGUGAACUGGGUCUAUGAAAUCGGCAUUGACAGCCAGCCUUCCAGGGGAUGGGGGAGGGAAGAAACAGCAGAUAUUUUCCCAAGGUUCAGCUUUAUAAUUUUCUUGGAAAUUUCCGAGCAGCCAAUCAGCUAGCUUCUAAAUAGCGUGGGUCUCUCCCGGACACUGCAGGCAAAAGUUCCUCUAUCUGCUCCUCUUUUUGUCCUUUCUUGGAGCUCAGUGCUCAUGCUCACUGUUCAAGAAAUGGGCCAAUCAUACUCCCAACUAGGGAUAAUGUGCAUCAUACAUACUUGGAAUACAGUGUGGUAUCAUUAUUCCGUUUUACAGAUGAAGAAAAUGAGGCUCCCCAAAGUUAUGAGUUUCAGGGGCAGAGUUUCUCCUCACCUCACUCUAGGCCAGAGUGAUCUCCUUACAGAAUCUGUAAUUUUCAGGCUGGAUCACAGAACUGUUGGGUUCUGUGGGCCAGUGAGAGAAGCUGGGGGAUAUCAAGCAGGCAGGCAGGGUCUCCAGCCUGACCAGCCAGGUGCCUGCCACAAAGCAACACUUGAUGAAUAGCUGUUGAAUGGAUGUAUGAAUGAAUAAAUGUGUCAAUAAAUGCUUCAGAGGCCCCUUUUAUCCAUAUUGGAGCUCCAGGUAGGACUUCAUUAGAAACAAAGACUCUUGUGAUGUAAAAGCAAAGUCUGAGAACCACAGUACUGGAGUAGACCAUAGUGACCUCCCAGUUACCAGCAGAUUUUCAGCGCACAGCAGAUGUUGGGAGGGUAGAGAGAAGAGAGUGGGAGGUGACCUGAGGAAGUUGGAGCUAUAGCUGGCAACUGGAUCACUAGACACAUGGGACCAUUGCAUCAUUCUAGUUCAAAAGCCCUAAAUCUGUACUCCUUGGGCCCCCUGAAUACUAGGUAAAACUUUGUGUCUAGGCAUUUUUUUAGGCAGAAGAUACAAAAUUCUCAUCAGAUUCUCAAAGGAAACCUUGACCUUUAAAAGGUUACACAGCAUUGCUUUAAGAUACUAUCUAAAUAUCCACAGACAUGGGCAGUUGUCAUAAAGAGUCUGAACUUUAUCUAUUUCAACUCUUCAUUUUAUAGCCAAGAAUACAGAAAGAAAUGGCAGAUGACUUGCCCAAGGCCACCUGGCAGGUUUGUGGGGGAGAGCUUUCCAAAUUAAGACAUUUAACUGAGUGCUUGCUCAAAUCAGGAUUUGGAUCUGGGAUUUAGUAUGGUGGUCUUUUUAAUACAUCAAGGAUUCUUAAUCUGACGUCUUUGGUUAGACUUCAGGAUCUAUAAACCUGCUGAACUGCAUGCAAAAUUGGGAGGAUAUGCAUUUUUUCUAUGGAAAGAAGUAGGUGCUUAGAUCAGAUUCUCAAAGAGAUUUCGGGCCCAAUUAAGAUUAGAAAGCACUACAAUCCUCUAGGUCAGCCCUCAGCCCUGCCUUCCCUGCAGAACCUGGAGAACUCCUGCGUAGAGCUGCUCCUGUUCUGAACUUUGAUCAGAAUGGGGGUGUAUGUACGUGAGGGACAGUGUUCUCUCCCGCACCAUGUGUCCCCUCCUGAUGAGCUGAUACCAGCACCUUUCCCAAUAACAGGCUCAGAGUGAGACCGUGUCUAUGGUAACAGAACUGGGUGUGUUGAACAGGAAGGUUACAGAAACUUCUUGACAUCAGCCAAGAUGUCAAAGCUGAGACUUUGGACACGCUCAAAACAGUUUCCACCAAGAUGGGCUCUGUCCCCUGGGAGACUGAGGGAGCAGGCGAGCCAGCAAGCACUGUUACAUGUCGUCCUAAUUUGGAAAGCAUAGAGGGACUUUUUUUUAAUCAAUAGUCAGCCAUUCUCCAGCACCAGGAGUGCAAUGCAGUGCUCACUCAGAGCCUGGGGGCAGCUCAGAGAUUGACAGGCAGCUGCCUUGUCUGUCACCCAACUUCAGUUUGGCAGCUCAUUGACGCUGCCUCUUCUCUGGCUGAAAUAAGAGUGAUGUGGCAACCACUACCUUUGAAACUCUGGAGAGAACCAAAUCCCAAAAAAGAGAGGACAGGAGGAAGGAGAGGCUUGGCCUGGCACAUAGUGUGUACCUAGAAAAUAGAUAAGCAUUUUCUAGCUCCUACUAAAUUUUGGGUACAACGUGGGAGGAGUACGACAUGAUCAGAAACACUCAUGCAACAAACAUUUUGUGUUUACUGAACAAUUACUAAGUGCCAGAAGUAGCACAGGAAACCGUGUGUGUGUGUGUGUGUGUGCGUGUGUGUGUGUAUAGGCGGCGAGUGGGGGGCAAUACAGAAUUAUUCAUUCAAGUUAUUUAAAAUUAUUCAUCCAAAUUACUUAAAGUACCUACUAUGUGCUGGGUAGGCUUGGUGCUGGGCAUUGGGUGCGGGGAGUUGAGUAUAAUCACUCACUUAUUUGUUGAAUGUAUAUUUACUGAACAUCUGAGCGCCCCACAAAUAUAUUAGCACUAAUGAUAUAGUGAACCAAAUAGCCUUGUUCCCAUCGUAGUGUCAGGACUCCCUGAAAACAGCAUCUCCAGAUAGGGAAACUGAGGCAGUAGAGCUUCCCACAAAGGUCUCAUUGGUGAGGGCGCCGGGCUUUAACCCAGCAUCCUGACCCAGGCUGGCCCUGCUGAUGGGAGCCACCUCCCUCUCGUCCUCUCACACUUCCUCUGGGGCACUGAUGAUGAGUCAUUAAUAACAGAAUUUUAAUGGCAAAAGCAGAGCAGUCCCCAGCUCUGCCAAUGAAGCCCAUCCCCCUGGGGCUGGAUCAAGACCGCAGUGACUGAACAGCCAAGGAUUUUUGGUCCCUUGACAACACCUUUCUCACGACUCUGCCAUCCUUCCCUUUCCACAGGAGAGGCCCUUCCUUUUUAAAUUGGAGAGCUUAAAAAUAUCCUACCCCCAACCUUUGGCACCCCAAAUUGAAUCAGUAUUUAGCUCAGUAGUGACUGAGUGGGAGGGAGAGCCACUCAGGGAGGGCUGCAUCUGGCCUUCACCACAGGACGCCCAGUGGCCAGACUGUGAACCAGCCCUCGGCCCCAGCUAUGGCUAGAAGGAAGUAGUCAGAAAAUCCAAAAUGACCACAGAGGGGAGGAGGCUGGGGAGUGGGGCUCCACAGGGAGGGCACACAGUGACAUUUCACACAGAGGGUGCCCCAGGAAGGCUCAAAAGCAAUCUGUAGGGAAACGGGCUCUGGGCUCAACUCAGUGAGAGAAAACAUUGGGUUAACCAAGUUCUUUACUGGAGGACUUCUUGGAACCUCAAAUAUGCUGAUGUGUAUUGUGAAUCUAUAAAAAGGGGACGUCUGGUGCAGCAUUUCCCAAACUUAUUUAACCACAGAAACCUUUUUUUGUUUGUUUUUUGGCAGAGAGCUUAGUGCACUGCACAGCUUAAAACCCUGAGCUUGAAACCUCAGGUUUCCUACCCUGCAUGGGGCCUUGUACUCAGUGCUGGGGACACUGGAAUACAAAGACAAGGACCCUGCUCCCAAGGAGUGCCAUCUGUGGAAGGUGGCCAUGUGCAGGGUCCAACAGUGGUGAGCCAGUGUGCAGUGCAGCCCUGAAAAGGAGGCAGGGAGCAGGCGAGGAGCUGGAGCUAGAGGACGCUUGGGCUCCCCGGGUGAAAGAGAGGUGCUAGGAAAGUAUGGCAGGA